AUGAAUCAGCCAGCCCUAAAUUGCCUUUCACGGCAAGAAGAAGAAAAGGAGAUCACUCGCGUGCACAGAGAGGGAACAGAGGAACAAAAAGGAGACAACAACUUUUGGCCAGACACGCGAGAAGGGAAGACCAGACGAAAACCCAGCAGAAAAGAAGAAGGAGAAGAACACACGCCAGUCACGAAAUGCAGAGCAAAAGUGAUAGAGAGAGCAGACUCGUCUGAGCACACAACAGACAAGAAACAAAGUAGAGAAGAAAGAAAAGUCAGAAGCAAUGGAAGCAGAGAGCAAAAGAUACGAAGGCACACGCAUGAAAAGCAGAAGGAGAAACCCAGAAACGCGGAAAGCAGCCUUAAAGCCUUUCGGCCACACGAGGAAGAGCAGAGCAUGCAAUCAGUUUUUCCAUUUCCCACACAAACUUCUAAAGCUGAAUCUGGUCAAAAACCCCCGCUCUCGCCCGACGUCCUAGUUGCAUUUUCGAGUGUGACAACUAUAGUUAAGAUUAUAAUUUUUUUGUUUUAUUGCCUAUCUGUUAUAGAGGAGCAAAGCUCCAUAAUGCUGGAUGCAUAUUGUAAGAAUUUUUGUUAUAGAGAUUUCAAGAGAUCCUACUUUUAG